AUGAGACAGCUGGUGUCAGCUCAGGUGGCUGCUGAGACACAGCUGGUGUCAGCUCAGGUGGCUGCUGAGACACAGCUGGUGUCAGCUCAGGUGGCUGCUGAGACACAGCUGGUGUCAGCUCAGGUGGCUGCUGAGACACAGCUGGUGUCAGCUCAGGUGGCUGCUGAGACACAGCUGGUGUCAGCUCAGGUGGCUGCUGAGACACAGCUGGUGUCAGCUCAGGUGGCUGCUGAGACACAGCUGGUGUCAGCUCAGGUGGCUGCUGAGACACAGCUGGUGUCAGCUCAGGUGGCUGCUGAGACACAGCUGGUGUCAGCUCAGGUGGCUGCUGAGACACAGCUGGUGUCAGCUCAGGUGGCUGCUGAGACACAGCUGGUGUCAGCUCAGGUGGCUGCUGAGACACAGCUGGUGUCAGCUCAGGUGGCUGCUGAGACACAGCUGGUGUCAGCUCAGGUGGCUGCUGAGACACAGCUGGUGUCAGCUCAGGUGGCUGCUGAGACACAGCUGGUGUCAGCUCAGGUGGCUGCUGAGACACAGCUGGUGUCAGCUCAGGUGGCUGCUGAGACACAGCUGGUGUCAGCUCAGGUGGCUGCUGAGACACAGCUGGUGUCAGCUCAGGUGGCUGCUGAGACACAGCUGGUGUCAGCUCAGGUGGCUGCUGAGACACAGCUGGUGUCAGCUCAGGUGGCUGCUGAGACACAGCUGGUGUCAGCUCAGGUGGCUGCUGAGACACAGCUGGUGUCAGCUCAGGUGGCUGCUGAGACACAGCUGGUGUCAGCUCAGGUGGCUGCUGAGACACAGCUGGUGUCAGCUCAGGUGGCUGCUGAGACACAGCUGGUGUCAGCUCAGGUGGCUGCUGAGACACAGCUGGUGUCAGCUCAGGUGGCUGCUGAGACACAGCUGGUGUCAGCUCAGGUGGCUGCUGAGACACAGCUGGUGUCAGCUCAGGUGGCUGCUGAGACACAGCUGGUGUCAGCUCAGGUGGCUGCUGAGACACAGCUGGUGUCAGCUCAGGUGGCUGCUGAGACACAGCUGGUGUCAGCUCAGGUGGCUGCUGAGACACAGCUGGUGUCAGCUCAGGUGGCUGCUGAGACACAGCUGGUGUCAGCUCAGGUGGCUGCUGAGANCACAAUAAGUACGUGUACGCAAUAA